AUGGCAGCCGAUACAGCAGCGAUGAAAGAAAUGAUGCAGAAGAUGGUUAACAAGAACCAAGCAGCGGGUGCAGAGGAACCGACCGAAACUGCGGAGGAACCUCCGGCAAAGCGAAGAAGCACAGAAACGAGUCGCAUCCGCCGACUGGAAGAACACCAAGACAGAUUUGAGAAAGUCCUCCUGGAGUGCAUAGACAAGAUCGAAGAAGGCCUCAAAAACAAGAAAGCAACACUGCUGCAGCACAUCAGGAAUCAAAAACACAAACCGGACGCGAUACUGCUGCAAGAAACAAUAAGCCAAGACCCAAAACUCUCGGGAUACAGAGCCCACGCGAAAACAUUGGGACAGAAACAAAGAGGGAUAUGCACACUCGUCCGAAAGGGCAUCUAUUCGCUAGAACACGAUUGCAAAGGGGACCCAAAACUCGAAAAGCAAGCCAUCGAAAUCUUAGCGGGGAAGGAAGGCAUCUUCUUAACCAACGUCUACAGCAACCCCAAGCAAAGCAGACAAAGUUUCAAGAACCUCUUCCACAAGAGGCUUAGGAGGGCUGGGGACAACACGCUCGUCAUAGCGGGAGACUUCAAUGCACCGCACACGGGCCUGAGGCACCACACCACCUCGCGCAAAGGCCGAACCCUAAUACAAUACGCGACCGAAGCCGACCUACAACUAAUCACAGACCCUAGAUAUCCAACCCUCGUGGGAAGGAAGUCGACGGACAGGGACACCACACCCGACCUGGUCUUCACCAACGAGGAAGAGACCAGCUGGACAAAUACAAAUGAAGACCUGGGGAGCGACCACUGCAUAGUGGAAAUCAUCAUCCCGCUAAAAGGCAAGACCAGACCAAUCAGGAAAUUCAACUACACCAACUGGGACGCAUUCAGACAAUUGGCGCCCACGGGAAAGAUCGAGGACAUCGAAGAAUGGACGCCAGACCUGCAAAAGGCGACCACAAACGCAUCUCGAGAAAUAGAAACGACCGAAGACACCAAAGGCAAGAUGGACAGCAGGCUGGCGCAUUUCGUCGAAGCCAAGCAAUCUAUCCUCACCCGAUGGAAGAAACAACGACUAAACAGAAGUCUGAGGAAAAAGAUUGUGGAUAUCAACAGAGCAAUCCACGAACACUGCAAGAAACUAUCGGCACAGCAGUGGAAAGACACGUGCGACACGGCCGACGGGCAGAUACUCAACGAAGCAUGUGGCACCUGCUCCGACACCUGCCAGACGAGACAAAAACCAAGGGAUUCCAGCACAACAGACUCGCGGGCCUAA